GACGGAGCGGACAUGGGCAGAGCGGUGGUGGCCAGGCCGGGGCUGGGCUUGCUGCUUCGGGCUCUGCUCCUACCCACGCAGAUUUAUUCCAACCAAACAGCUGUUGUACCAGUUUCAAGUAACUCCACCCAGCAUGUCUCUGCUGCCCCGAGUCCAACUAAUGCCACCAGCAGAGGAAAUUGCAAUGCCCUGCAAUCAGCAGCUGGUCUCCUUGCCAUCUCGCUCUGUCUUCUACAACUCUACUGGUAGAGAGACUCAGGCCAAGAAACGUCUCUACUUCCCCAUCUUCUAACCCCAACCCGAAUGGCAACUGCGAGUCCAACGUGGCAAGGAAGAAACAGG